AGCAUCAGUUGUGGUGUGACAGAUCCCUUGUCUUAUUAGCAUCACUUUGCGAGGGCUUCCUGAAGGAGCCUGCCUAAAAUUUGCCAAUGUGCAAAUGCAGUGAUGACCUGUCAUCUCCUGCUCUUCGUUGGGGCACUUUCUAUCUAUAGGGACAGAAGUUAAUGACAGAAUAUCUCUCUCUCUCCCUCUCCCUCUCUCUUUCCCUCUCCCUCUCCUGCUGCUUGAUGUCAGAGCUGAGAAAGAUAUAAAGAGGGGUAUAUAAGAGGUGUAUUGAUAGCCUACAAGGAAGGUGGAGGCAUAGGAUAUUUCAGAGCUGGAAGCAAGUGUGUGAUUUUUCCCCCCUUCACUAUUUCAUCUAAUACUAACAGUUCCUUGACUUCUUCGGGGAAUUCUUUAACCACCAAAAGUGACUCCCCAAAGAUGUGUAGCCUCAAAGGACCCUUUCUUUUCAUUUUCCUGUCUGUUACAUUCAAUUCCCUGGAAGCAACACCUGUGGAGAGGCUCCUCUCUUUGGCUGAUGAUCUAUCGGAUGGGACUCCUGACAGGCAAGAGUGGUUUUUGCCUAUCCUUUCACGAAGUACUGGAUUCUUGGGAAUUAACGGUGCAUUGCUGGGAGAGGAAGCGCCAAAGGCCAUAAAAAGCCAUCGUUUGGAGAAACGAAGGUGUAAUACUGCCACAUGUGUGACGCAACGCUUGGCUGACUUCUUGGUUCGGUCCAGCAACACCAUUGGUGCUAUCUAUUCUCCAACCAAUGUAGGAUCCAACACCUACGGCAAGAGAGACAAAGAACCUCCCAGCUAUCUACAGCUUUAAUGUUCCAUCAAGACUUCAAUGGCUGCAAUCCACACUGGGAAUUCGUGCUCCUUUCCUUCCCUCUUUACCUCCCUAAUGUAUAAGAUUCUGGCCUCCAUACAGUUUUUCUUUCUUUUUAGUGAGACUGCCACUUCAACAAAUAAUUUGAGGAGUUGGCUUCUCACCCAACCUUUCGGUUAUUGAAUAACUGUUCAUUCUUAACAGUGCCUUGUUUUCUUUGUGUGUAUUUUAUGUAUGUGACUUCCAUUGGGUUUGUCAUGCUGCUCUAUGUGGACGAUGGCCCACAGAGGUGCUCCCAAGUGGUAAGGCUCCUAUAACGAACAUGCUUAUGAAAUUUCCCCUGUUCAAGAAAAAUAAAUCUCACAUACCCAUGCCACAAGAAUCUGAAAUGUAAAAGCACCAUUUGCGUUUGGGGUUUUCCUUUUUUAUUAAAAAAUUAAAACUGAAAGACAA